GCCGCCAUGGCGCCCGCCCCGCCCCGCCGCCUUCCCACCCCCGCGGCGGCAGCGCCAUGGCGGCCGUGCGGGACGUGGAGAUCGACCCCGAGGGCACCUUCAAGUACAUCCUGGUGCGCCUGCAGCGCCCGGGCGGCGGCGAGCAGCGGGACAUCGUCCGCGGCACCAAGGCGGCCGAGUUCCACAAUCAUAUAUUUGAAAAAGUAAAUCCUGAGAUGGAAAAGCUAGGAUAUGAGUGCAAGUGCCUUGGAGGAGGGAAAAUUGAACAUAAUAGCAAAGACAAGAAAAUCAGGGUAUUUGGGCUCUCAACAUUUGUUCUGUCUUGCAGGGCUAUGGAAAAGCAGAUCACUCAGUCACUGUAGAGAUACUGAAGAAAGAGUAUGCAGAUUAUGAAAUUACAUGGUCAGAUGACAAGAAAUAAAAUUGUGAACACAAUGAGCAGUUCCAACCUGGUAACUGUGAGCUGUACUAUGAUAAAUAAAAUUUGAAGUAUGUUCUAUGUGUGUAACCAUAAAUCUGGAGUGACUGGACUCUGCCAUUGUUUGUAAUAUAAUCCUGAUAUAUCUUAUUUUUUAG